ACCACAUCCAAACCAAAAACCUGCGACGACAGUGUUCAUCGGAACUGGUAAAAGCGUGCGACGCUGUCCAUGCCAUUCUGAAACGCUUCCUUCUUCGUUCUUUUCUCUGCUGCAAGAAAUGGGAACUCUAACGAGUUGCAGUUUCAUGCCUCUGAACUCGGAGUUCCGCUCCAACCCGGUUCACUGCGCCUUCAGGGAGAGGAUUCACUGCCACCAACUCAAUCGAUUGAGAGGCACCUCUUCUUUCUUCGCUCGCAAAUGCCACCCCAAUUUUUAUACCUUUAAGUGUUUCGCUACUAAUAACAACGUUGACAACGACAAUGGCAAUGAGUUUGUUGACGGUGAAGAUGAAAGUGCCAACAACGAUUCUAAAUCUAACGUUACCACCGCCGUGCCUGAAGAGGAGAGAGGGUUCACUCCAGAGAAAUCAACGCCUCCCUCUACUUCACAUAGGUCAUCUUUGUCUUCGCUUGGACCGGCAUACAGUAGUUUUCAACUUGAUUCUUUCAAACUUAUUGAGCUCCUUGGACCUGAGAAGGCAGAUCCUGCUGAUGUAAAGCUGAUUAAGGAUAAGCUUUUUGGUUAUUCGACCUUUUGGGUGACCAAAGAGGAGACUUUUGGAGAAUUGGGAGAAGGCAUUCUUUUCCUUGGAAAUUUGAGGGGAAAGAGAGAGGAUGUCUUUUCCAAACUCCAGAAGCAGCUAGUUGAGGUUGUGGGUGAUAAGUACAAUCUUUUUAUGGUGGAGGAGCCCAAUUCAGACAGUCAUGAUCCACGCGGUGGGCCGCGUGUUAGCUUUGGUUUGCUGCGGAAGGAGGUCUCUGAUCCGGGGCCGACAACACUUUGGCAAUAUGUCAUUGCAUUGUUGUUGUUUCUCCUAACUAUUGGUUCCUCAGUGGAGCUAGGAAUUGCAUCUCAGAUCAACAGACUUCCCCCUGAAGUUGUGAAGUACUUCACAGAUCCAGAUGCUGUUGAAGCUCCAGAUAUGGAGCUGCUUUUUCCAUUUGUUGAGUCAGCUUUACCUUUAGCAUAUGGUGUCUUGGGGGUUCUUCUGUUUCAUGAGGUUGGACACUUUCUAGCAGCAUUUCCUAAACAAGUAAAAUUAAGCAUCCCUUUCUUCAUUCCAAACAUCACACUUGGCAGCUUUGGUGCAAUUACUCAGUUUAAAUCCAUCCUUCCUAAUAGAAGUACAAAAGUAGACAUAUCACUUGCGGGUCCCUUUGCUGGUGCUGUAUUAUCAUUUUCGAUGUUUGCUGUUGGUCUUCUUCUCUCAUCAAAUCCAGACACAACAGGAGAUUUGGUGCAAGUUCCUAGCUUGUUGUUUCAAGGUUCCUUGCUUCUUGGAUUAAUCAGUAGAGCAACUCUUGGUUAUGCAGCAAUGCAUUCUGCAACAGUUCCGAUUCACCCUCUUGUGAUUGCAGGCUGGUGUGGCUUAACCAUACAAGCUUUUAACAUGCUUCCAGUCGGGUGCCUUGAUGGUGGAAGAGCAGUGCAGGGAGCUUUUGGAAAAAGUGCACUAGUUGGUUUCGGUUUAACCACUUAUACAUUGCUUGGAUUAGGAGUGCUUGGUGGACCUCUUUCACUUCCUUGGGGACUUUACGUUUUGUUAUGUCAGAGGACACCGGAGAAACCAUGCUUAAAUGACGUGACAGAGGUUGGAACAUGGAGAAAAGCACUUGUAGCCGUUGCUAUUUUUCUUGUUGUCUUGACUCUUGUUCCUGUUGGGGAUGAGCUUGCAGAGGAACUGGGUAUAGGUCUUGUAACUACAUUUUGACAGUUAUGUGUACACUAGGGCCAUUUUUAAAAUUGAGCAGUGAAAUAUAUAGGUAAUAUCUUUACCAAAGCAAAACCCAAUUCAAUUCUAAUUUAAAAAUGAACAGUGAAAAUAUAUAGAUAGGUAAUAUCAUUAGCGAAGCCAAACCCAAUUCAGUUAUAAUUUAAAAUCGAGUAGUGAAAAUAUAUAUAAUUGGAGAAGCAAAAUCCAAGUCAAUUCCAAUUUAUAUGCGAUCCCUUGUGCUAAACCCCUUGUAUACAUUAUUGGGUCAUGUUUGCAUUGGAUCGAUGUUUUUAAAUUUUUUGAUGUGAUUUUAAAUAUACUGAUCAAUUUAUCCAUUACAUCGAAAAGAAGAUUAAACUUAAU